AUGAACUUUGGAGGACAAACACCGACAAUUGUCGUGCUCAAGGAGGGCACCGACACCUCACAGGGACGUGGCCAGACCAUCUCCAACAUUAACGCCUGUCUGGCUAUCCAGGAGACUCUACAGUCCACCCUGGGGCCUUUGGGAUCAGACAUUCUCAUGGUUGGCGAGGGCGGCAAGACCACCAUUUCCAACGAUGGUGCCACGAUUCUCAAGCUGCUCGACGUUGUCCACCCCGCCGCGCGAGUGCUGGUCGACGUUUCUCGAGCCCAGGACGCUGAGGUCGGAGACGGAACCACUUCUGUGACUGUUUUGGCCGGAGAGCUGCUGCGAGAAGCCAAGAGCUUCGUGGAGGAGGGCGUCAGCACCCACGUCAUCUGCCGAGGCCUGUCCACGGCCUGCGACAUGGCCGUGACCAAGAUCAAGGAGCUGGCCGUGUCUGUGGAAAAGAAGGACUCUGCCGACUUCAGAGAGCUGCUGGAAAAGUGUGCCGCCACUGCCAUGAGCUCCAAGCUGAUCCACCAGAACUCCACCUUCUUCACAAAGAUGGUGGUUGACGCCGUGCUGUCUCUGGACCCCAACGAUCUCAACGAGCGACUCAUCGGUAUCAAGAAGGUGCCUGGAGGAGGCGUGGAGGACUCGCUGUUUGUGGACGGAGUGGCGUUCAAGAAGACCUUCGCCUACGCCGGCUUUGAGCAGCAGCCCAAGACUUUCGACAACCCCAAGAUUGCCUGUCUCAACAUCGAGCUGGAGCUCAAGGCCGAGCGAGACAACGCAGAGGUGCGAGUCGACGACGUGUCCGAGUACCAGCGAGUGGUGGACGCCGAGUGGGAUAUCAUCUACAAGAAGCUGGAGGACAUCCACAAGUCCGGCGCUGAUAUUGUGCUGUCUACUCUGCCCAUUGGCGACCUUGCCACCCAGUACUUUGCUGACCGAGAUAUCUUCUGUGCUGGUCGAGUGGCCCAGCCCGAUAUGGACCGUGUAGUCCAGGCCGUUGGAUCUUCUGUGCAGGCCACCACCGCUAACGUCGGCGAGGCUCUCGGCACUUGUGAGCGAUUCGAGGAGCGACAGAUUGGAGGCGAGCGAUUCAACAUCUUCACUGGCUGCCCCAAGGCCAAGACAUGCACUCUGAUUCUGCGAGGAGGUGCCGAGCAGUUCAUUGCCGAGGUUGAACGAUCUCUGCACGACGCCAUCAUGAUCGUUAAGCGAGCCGUCGCCAACACCAGUGUGGUUGCUGGAGGAGGAGCUUUGGAAAUGGAGGUGUCCAAGUACCUGCGAGAUCACGCCAAGACUGUGGCUGGUAAGCAGCAACUCAUCAUCGGCGCCUUUGCCCGAGCCCUCGAGGUCAUCCCCCGACAGCUGUGUGCCAACGCUGGUUUCGACGGUACCGAUAUUCUCAACCAGCUUCGAAUGCGACACGCCAAGGGUGACACCUGGGCCGGCGUUGAUUUCAGAGACGACAACGGUGGCGUCACCGACAACAUGAAGACGUACGUGUGGGAGCCUGCUCUUGUCAAGAUCAAUGCUCUGCAGUCGGCCACUGAGGCUGCCUGUUUGGUGCUGUCUGUGGACGAGACCGUCAAGAACGAGGAAAACGCGCCUCCUCAGGCCGGCGCCAUGCCCCCCAGCAUGGGCGGCGGAGGCCGAGGCCAGGGAUUCCCCAUGUAA